AUGGCAGCCACGCAGUCUCGAGCAUUUUGGAAUGUGUCACUGCCUGUACUCAAAAGCCCCGGAGGCGCCCAUAUCACUAAGUACCAGAUCGUGAAGCCGUACAAGGACGGCGUUGACUACGAUGACUUCCUCAUCGCACUGCCCGAGCGAGACCAUUUGGCCAGUUUCACGAAGGAGGUGCCCCUCUUCUUGCGAUACUUGAAGGUCGUGACCGAUCAGGAGGGCCGCGGCGAUGCCUUCGCUGCCUUCCUCGAGCGCGCAAAGAGUGGUCUAGUCGUUGAGAGUGAUGUCUUCAUCACAUCGGACGAACUCCUGGCCAUCAUGUGGAAGAACGGCUACUCCGAUGCGGAGCGCAACGCCAUCCAGUUUACGUUUCCAGGCGACUACAAGUUUCACUACCCGGAGCUGUCUGUGAUGUUCGACAUUCCGGAGGAGGAUACGUACAAAUUCUGCAUGCGCACUCGCAUGGAGGACAGCCACAUCGGUGAGUUGGAUCACUCCAAGGUGAAAAGGGAAGGACUCAUCCGAGACCACUGGCUGAUCUUUGGAACCGGCCUCUUCAUUUUCAAGACCUUCCCUUUCUUCAACUAUUACUUCGGUGUGAAGGUCUUCGGAACUUCCAUGUGGUGCUACACCAUGUGGCACCUUUUGAACCGCAUGGUGGCAAAGACAUGCCGCCGCAACGAGUACAUGGCCUCGCAGAAGACAGCGCAGGAGGUUAUGGAGGGUGAGGAUGCCAUCGUCGAGUCCAUGCGCAGAUUUGCCAAUGACGCGAAGUGCGUCGAGUACCUCAAGACAUUCAAGGAGGACUCCGAGGAAAAGAUUGCCAAGUACCGGAAGGCGCUGGUCUUGAAGAUGAAGGAUGACCUGUCAGAGAGGGCCCAGAAGCAAUUGCAGGCCAUUGCCGCUUUCGAGGUCGCGGAGGAUCAGCAGACCAACAAGGAGAGGACACGAGCACUCAUUGUGAGCGGGGCAUUCGAGGGGAGGAAGAACAAUUGGACGGUCGGUGCAGCCUAUUUGAUACAUUUUGGGAGGUUUUACUCGACGGCAUUCGACUCUUACGAGCGCCAGCACAUGGACUCCCUUGCGUCUACCACGACGUGGAGUGUUGCUGGGAACCGCAUGUCGGAUACUCUCCCUGCUGUGAUCAUGGUCUUCAGCUCCACGGACGAGGAGAUGGAGGGGGAGAUUUACUCCCUGACGAUGCAGGCUUGGGAGACACUGAUGGAAUGUGCCCUGAUUGCAUCGGGUACGGAGGACGAGUACUACAGAGGCUUGCCCAGGCCAGUCUAUCAGGAACAUGCUUUAGGGACGUUGUCCGUGCCCUGUCGACCGUUCCCGGAAGUGCUCUCCGACAACUUUCAGUGGGAGCAGCUGAAAUACUGGAAACGUGCUCCGGAGACGGAGGAGGAGAUCGAGGAGAUCCUCGACGCCGUCUGGGAUGCAUACACCACAGUCACUGAGAGUUGUUUUUGUGCCCUCGACGCGUGCUGCCUGUUGUCAGGCGGCACCAUUCACACUUUUUACUUUGUUCUCGCUGCCGCCGUUUUUACGUAUAAUUGCACUUUUGGCAGCUUCAAUCUCGCUGAGUUUAUCAACUGCGUUCGCCAUUCCGUUUGGGAGACAGGAUCAUAUUUUGGCGACUUCUUUAGCCAAAUCUUCAUCGCUCAUCGUAUGUCACAGGAGUCCCAACUCGGUACGCUGUUGGAGUCACGCAGUGGAGGCAUCUGCCACUACUGCCUCCCGACUGGCUACCAGUUUCAGAGUUCGGACGACAAAGCAUAUGUUGACGCCAUUGCGUAUGCACACCGGUGCAAUCGCUGUACUCUGCGCCACCUUGUUACGUGGGACCGUCCGAGAUAUGUGUCGGAGCGGUAUCAUCACAAGCUCCUCCAUCGCUGUCAGCAUGUCAUCUGCGCUGACCGGACGAAGCUUCGUGGGAUGCUCGCAAACAUCAAUCUGACUCACUCAAACCUUGUCGAUGAUCCCGGCCUGGAUAAGCGACACAGUUAUGAGACGUAUCUCGCCCACGCCGUACGCGCAGAACUUAUGAUCCUUGGCGGAUCCUUCGAGUUUUUGCCUUUUCCCAGUGGCCUUGGUGUGGCCACGCCGCAAGUGGAGACCUCUGAAGCCGCGACUGGACUUUCCGGCGGCACUAAAACACCGGCUGAUAUCGCCAGUCAGACCGGGGCAUCCAGAUUCAUUAAAGUAGGGGCUCCACUAAUCCCAUACACCACAGCACCGCCUGGCACGGUCGCCGACCACGCCAAGGUAAUUGUUGAAUGGGAGAAAGUUGAUCUGCGGAAAGACCUCGCUUCAAAGAUGGAGGCCUCAGCCGCAUUAGACGCAGAUGCCCAAAUUUGCGUAGUUGACGACGAACUCCUGGACACGCAUGGCAUCACAGCCAAAGCCAGGGUAUGUAUGCCGGGCAUCACGAACGAGGAUCUUGCGAAAAUCCACGUUGCAACCAACACGCAUGAGAACGCUCUUGCAGCGAUCGGGAACCGCCAUUAUGCGGAGAAAGACACGGAAUUAGAAUACGAAGGGAUCAAGAUUCGAAACGCGGUCGGAAACCCCUCUGAGCUCAUCAGACGUUCAUUGCACAGCUUCUUAGCCGAGAUUGUCCCAACCAUUAUGGAUAUUGACGAGGCUGAGAUCAAGCGCACCGACGUCGAGGUGGUUGAAAUUCCGAUGAGUGAGAUUGUGUCUGAAGCACACGGGAAAACCAUCUUCCCCAUCCACAAACUCAUCGCUGAGAUCGCACCCAAUAGCUUCACGGAAAAGAUGAUAGACGACAACUACGAAGCUACAUCCGGAUCCCAGAUGUUGAAAGACCCAGUAACGAAGGCAUUUGUGAAGCCUAAUGAAACACUGGGCAAAGUAAAACCGCGUCUGAUCCAGCAUAAGGGUCCACAGGGCACGGCUAUGAACUCACUGAUGAACAAGACGAUUGAAGAAAGUCUCUUUAGAUUAUCUUACUUUCUGGUUCGACCAAUCAAGGGGACGGAUCAUCGCGGAGUAAGCAAUCGCAUGCUCCAGUUCUAUCAGGAGUUCCGUGACGGAGGUUUCUCAUCGACGGACUUCGGGUCCUUCGAUUCCUCAGUCACAGAUAAAUGCACCAAGGACUUGCGGAAACCGGGUUUGCGCAGGAUCGUCGAGGAGGCCUUAAUGAAGGCUGUCGCCGAGAAAUUUCCCGAUAGUGCUGACUUGGGAAACGCCUCACGAUUGAGGUGGAAGAAGCAGGACAGAGUGCUCUUUGACUCAUUGACGCUACUGGUGUCUGUAAUGAUCCGAUACUCAGGGGAUGGGCUGACCUCGGUCGGCAAUUAUUUCAUCAACUGGAGCAUCGAUCGUACUGUGGACGCCUUGGCUGAGGGGUUGUUUACUAUCUGGGACUGGUCCAGCUACACGCUCGCCGAAAUCGUCGAAGCGUUACCAUCGUUCCUGGAGGAUAAGGCACACAUCGAGCACCUGCUAGACUUCGUGAAACAAAAAGCAAAGUACACUAGUCAGACCAUCGCUCGGGAGUCAAAAGGCGUACCAGUCAAGAAAGCCGACUCAGAAUUCAUGUGUGGGGAGGGAGAUGACAAAGUGAAAGCCUACAGGUGGAAAUUCAUCCAACACUUCACCUGUCGGGACAAGAAGGGAAAAUCGGCUCGUGAGGUUUUGGGCAUCAUUACAGGAGUGCUGUUCGUUCUCGCUGGCAUGUGUUUGGAGCCACAGGAUCGUUCAGGCAGAGUAUCCGUUGAUCGCCUCAUUGACCCGACGAACCGUAUCGAGUUUACCAGCCGAAUAUUUGUCCCGGUCCUUCAGGGCACCUACAUGGUCAGUUUCCCCAAAUUGCGCAAGACCUUUGCCGCGGCGACGGUGACAUUCAACGUCACCGACGUCUUUGACGAGGCCGCCGUAACAAAGAUGCUGUCAAUAAUGAGUAUGUGUGAUCAGUGCGUGCUCCAGUUUGCUUUCUACUCGAUGUUAUGCCGCUUUUACAUGUCACGCGUGAGGAACAACGUUAUCAAGACGAAUAAGCGGAAAUACGAGUGGUGGGAGUACAAGCUAAUACUGCUCAUUAGCGACAACAGCAUCGCCAACACGUUUCAGUCUGUCUACUCACAUCUCAAGGAAAAAGCGGGGCGGGCCGACCCCGGGAUACAGUCUGAAGUUGUUGCGGCGCUUGCAAAAGAAACGCGAUUGGAAAAACACCAGAUCAACGACUUGGUGGAUGCAUUUGAUGGCGAGCAAGGAGACGACCUUGGAUCUGUGUCAGCAUUAGUACAGCGCUAUGCUGCCGUGCUACCUCCCGUCUGA